AUGCCGCCCAAGAAGACGGAGGCGGCCUUGCUCGCAGACGUCGCAGAGCAUCGUCGGUGGGCGACUGCCAAUUUGACGGCCCUGAGAGCACGGGGCGGCAUCGGCUUGAAGGCGAAGCUUCAGCAGAGGGCGGGGCUCGAGGAACAGCGGAUUUACAAGUGGUACGUGAAGCACGCGGGCGUCGCAUCUGAUCAUCCGACAGUUGCCGCUGCCCUGUCGGAGCUGGACGCCCUGGUCAAUGACUCCCUCGGCCCGGCAGCGUCGGCGUGCCCCGACGACGCCCCGCCGGCAAAGCAAAGGCGCCUGACCGAGAGGGGUGGCGAGGCUGCUGCCUGCGCGGCGCCGUUGCAGGGCGAGUCACGGCCUGGCCAGUCGACGCCGGCAGCUCGAGGGGUUGUCCCGACGGCUUGCUCGGCUGGACACGGCCCGGCGGCUGCAGCAGCGGCCAAGGCGUCUCCCGCUUCAACGCCGCCCAUCGGCAUCGAAGAGACCCCGGCGAAGAGGCCUCGCCUGUUCGCCGACGGGCUCGGUGCGACGCCCGCGCAGACCACCGGCGGCCUGACGCCUGCCACCGCGGAGGCCUUGGCAAGGUCGUGCCGCAAGAGCCCGUGGGAGUCCCCGUUGGUCGACGAUUCCGUGAGGCUUGCUCACCCAGGGAAUCCCGCGAGAGGUGCCUCGCGGCCCGUCGAGCGGCCGCGCUUGCGCCCGCGGGAAGAGGAGCGCCUCCUGGCGGCAGUGCCGCGGAAAGCUGUGAAAGAUCUGUACGUGCACGUCCGCGAUGAGGCUCUGCGCCUAGGCAACGGAGAGUACCUCCCACAAUGGCGCGAGAACAAGCCAAAGUAUCGACAGCUGAACUACGUGUGGAAUUUGCACCAGCACGGCGAGCUCCAGGCGGCCGAGUACGCUCUGUUGGCGCACCAGCCUCACAUUAUUGGCCCAGAGCUCUUCGGCGCAGUGGAGAAGGUGGAGUGCCCCGCCGCAGUGAUCCCCUCGAGCAGCAGCGCCUGGCGGUGGACUUUCAAGCCGGCAGGAGUUGACGUGGAAGGACCGCAGGUGGAAUCUCGGGCCGACGCGGCGCGAGCCCUGGCCGGGCUGCAGGCGCGGCUGUACCCCGAGUGGCAUCACCCAGGCACUCGCGAGCAACACCUCCGCGCCCUGCUGCGCGACGACGACCGGCAGCAGCAGAUGCGCGGCCUGCUCGCUCAGCCUGGCAUGCGGUUCGCCAGAGCGGCCGUGCUGGGAGCAGCCGCGUCAGCGCCCCGAGACGGCCGCGCGGGCGCCGCUGGCUUCCCCAACCUGACAAACACGUGCUAUAUCAAUGCCGUGGUGCAGUGCUUGUACCACACGCACCCCUUCCGCGCAGACAUCGAGGGCAUGCAGCCGGGCGCCAGCAACAUGGGGGACCGCCUGCGGGACUUGUUCUGUGCGCGCAGCUUCCCUGCUUCCACGGCCGGCGACAUUCGCCCGCCGUUGGUGGCCCUUGUCCGCCAGAUCUUGCAGCAGCCGCCAGGCUUUGAGUCCGGUCGCCAACAGGACGCGGCGGAGUGCCUGAUGCGCGUCCUCGAGCACGCGGACCUCGGAGGAGUGCGGCGCCGCGUCUGCGGGGACGGCGCAGCCGCGAGCGUCGAGGGCAUGGUGCACUGCUGCGCGGCCGAGGAGGCCCAGGUGGGUCGCGAUGCGCCGCCUGUGCCCAUGGCCGCCAUGAUCCAGGCGUCCCUCACGGGCGAGCAGGCCGUCCGUGAGGCUUCGGAGGCAGUGGUCCUCCGCGUGGAGAGCAUGUACGAACAGGAUGGCAGACAGUUCGCGGUGGACGCGCGGGCGGACUGGCGGGACACUGUCUUCCCCGUCAGCAUUCUCAACGGAGACGCCGUUUCUUACGAGGUGGCGGCCUUCGCGCAGCACCGCGCCCCGCGCGGCGUACCACCUCUGCAGCGGAUGCGCGGCGGCCACUACGUCGCCUACGUCAACAAGGGCGGGCGCCGCGCGAGGCCCAGACGGUCGAUUCCGAUGGGCGGGAAGCGGCGCGACCCUCGUGGGCCUGACGACGCUCUGGAGGCUGCUGCCAGGCUGUCGCGAGUGAUGCCUGCGGCGUCGGGAGGGGCCGCUGCUGGCUUAGCAUCCGGAUCGGGCAGCGGCAGCCGCGGCUUGCCACAGGCUGCAGGCUCAGCGGCUGGUCAAGGCCGGACAGGCAGGGACUGGAGUGGCAGAGACCAGUCUGGUAGAGACGAGACUGGAAAGGACCAGACUGGUAGGAACCGCAGCGGUCAGCCAAGGGGCAUUGCUGGAGUGCACCCAGCUGCCAGGGCCGUCUGGAACGCUUCAGCUGCCGCGGACAACAGAGACCACACCCGGGCAGACCCCGAGAACAGCGCGGACAACCCUUUCAAGCGGUACGUGGAUAACUGGGAUCUGCGACGCACCAGCGCAGAUGUGAAAUGCCGCACCUGGUCGCAGAGGGCCGAGCCGUCGGGCCCCCAGCCGUGCCGGCUCUGCCAGGGCCGAGACUUCGCGUUCCGCGAAGAUUGGAAGAAGCACGUGGACGACGAGCACGGUGGCGUCCAGCGCUACCGCAACGCUCUCUUCUCGUCGCUGUCGCUGAAGCCCUAUGUUGUCAAGGGAGAGGAGUGGCGCGCGAUCGUGGCCAAUUAUGCGGAGUUCUACGCCAGGGCCGCCGUGGACUGGGAGAAGCCGACUGAGCGCAUGCGUGAGCUCGCUCAGACUCCCGAGGGGUUGUCUGCAGAUGAGCGCUGGGCGCCCCGGACCCGCUGUGCGUGCGUCUUCUGCGCCAGGCUGCACUGGUCCGAGGACCUCUCCUUGGAGUUCCUAGCAGGCAAGGACUGCUUCAUGAAGAACCCCGAGGCCGUGGCCAAGCUGUUGUCUUGGGAGGUUUACCACAAGCACUGGCCCGACAUCCCCGAGGCCGAGCUCCGCGCCUCCGCCGUGCGUCUGCGCAUUGGGAACACGGACACAUUCCAACUUGUCCUCAUGCACAAGCGGCGGGUGACGGAUGCGCAGGCGUUGGGCGACGAGCGGGCCCCGGUGUGCGAGGAUUGCCUGUACGCGUUCUUUCCCCGCCACCCGCGCAUGUGCAAGUUCACCUUCGCUAACCACUUGUGGCUCGGCAGGAAUGACCCGCUCUUCCGCAAUGCCAACUUGUCGCACCAGAUGCUCCUCGCACUCGCCCGCGUCGUGACGACCAAGGUGGUGCUGCGCCCCGAGAGCUACGACAAGCAGCGCAGCGGCGACGGGCCCACGUGGGACUUCCUCUUCCACCAGACGGGCAUGGUGGGCUCCGCAAUCCUCUUCGGGAACGCGUCGUGCAAGGAGGCCAUGGAGCGUUUCCCUCCGGCUUCCAUCAAGGACGCCUUCGCGGUGACUUUCCUGGCAGCCAAGCAGGACGCGGCGAAAGAGCAGCCGCCAGACGGCUCGGAGAAUGCAGCGGGACAGUGGCGCCGCGAGGGUCUGGCUGGCGACGCCGCCAGGCAGCAGGACGCCGCCCGGCGCGCCGUCCGGGGCAUCGCGCGCCUCAAGGUGAACCGCGCAGAGUUUGACUCGCAGGCGCAAGCGCUGCAGUCCACGAACGUCGUCUACAAAGACAAGGAUUACGACGAGGCGCUGGUUGCCCAGUGGUGCCCCAACCCGCUGAUUCCUGAGGUGCCCCCGGUGGUGUUGGACAGCGUCGUGGCCGUGCCGUUGGAGGAUUCGCCCGGCGCCGUCGUGGCCGCGGGACCAGCCGACGCCACGGCGGCCGGGGCGCAGGAUAUGGAAGACGCAGACGUUCAGGCGUGCAAGGAAUCCCGGUACGUGAGCGCGUUCAGCGAGGAGGACAUCCCGGGCGCGGCCGCCUCGGCGGGGGCCUUGGAGGUGACGGCGCUGAUCAAGCAGCUGGAGGAGCUGGACGCGACAGCGCAGCGCUCCGUGGCCAAGGAGACAGAGCACGCCAUCGAGUCAGGCAGCGCGCUGCUGGACGAGGCGGGCAGGGAGCGAGUCUUGCAGCUCUGCGAGUCCGUUCGAAACCGCGCUGCUCGGUUGUCGCGCCCGGAGCGGGAGCUGCGGCUGCAGGAGGACCUCGCGCGCGCCGCGCUGGGCGAACCGGUCAGGCCUCGACAGGCGGGGGGGGCCGAGGCGACCAUGGCGAACCUCGAGGUGACGCGCGGCACGGCGCCCCUGUCGCUGUUCGAUUGGAAGCCUGUGGCCCGACGCAUCUCUGGCCCGCUCUUCCAGUAG